GUGUCAUGGAUACGCCACCGAGACAUCCACCUACUGACGGUGGGCAGGUUCACCUACACCUCGGACGAGCGGUUCUCCUCGCGUCACUCGGCCGGUUCUGACGACUGGCUGCUCAUGAUCCACUACCUCCAGGAGAGAGACGGUGGCAUGUACGAGUGCCAGAUAUCCACCACGCCGCCCCAGAGCCACCUCAUCCACCUCUCUGUCGUUGAGCCAGAGACGGUCAUCAUCGGAGGACCUGACGUGUACAUCAACACGGGUAGCCGCUUAGCCUUGACGUGCAGCGUCAAGUAUAGCCCUGAGCCGCCAGCGUUUAUCUUCUGGUAUCAUGAUGAUAAGCUGGUGAGUUACGAGAGGACGAGGGGCGGGGUAGUGGUAUCGACGGAGAAGGGCCUGGUGACCACCUCCCGCCUCCUGGUGCAGUUCGCAGAGACCCGCCACACUGGACUCUAUACAUGUUCCCCGGCCAACUCCGAACCCAAGAGUGUCAACGUUCAUGUUAUAGCAGGGGAUCAACCAGCGGCCAUCGUACAUGAAAACGGAGGAGCUGGAGUGUUGGCGCUACUCUCUCUUCCCCUCUUCCUGGCUCUCUUCUCACUCACUCUCCCUCCUCUCCUCCUCUCUUAAUGCUCUGCAUCACCCACCUUUUCCUCCCUCCUUCCCUCUCCCUCUCCCUGGAAUCAAACCUGUGGAUACCCUGGUCAAGAAGCGGGUAUUGGAGUCAGACACGAAAAUUCACAACGGAUGACUUACGUUCUAUUCGUUUGGACGUAUAUUCGUAGCCGUUCGUAUCGACAUGAGUGUUUAAAGCAUCAAUGUGUAGCCGCGUGCACGCACUGCCGGGACGAUGGAGAUGUUACCAUGGCAACAUAAGGUGAACGAAUGUUUAUGUGGAUCUGGUUGAUACCUGGUUGAUACCUGGUUAAAUUCCAUUCGCGAAGCCUACUCAUGAUCGUCUCAUUUCGCACCUUACACGAAAGAAUUGGUAAAUGUUUAUGUAAAGUGACAUAUUUGUGUAUUAUAAUACCAGGAAAAGGAUGUUGUUUUCAUGGACUGUAACAAGUGGCAUAUAAGGGAGUCAUUCAGCAUGUUCCUGAGAUGACAAGUGAUUGGUUAAGGUGACAUCUGAUGUCAUCACCACAGCCAUGACGUCACAAGGGGUACUUGUGACGUCACAUUCACAAACCAAUAAGCGCCAUGGAAACAUGUGACGUCACAUUCACAAACCAAUAAGCGCCAUGGAAACAUGUGACGUCACAUUCACAAACCAAUAAGUGUCAUGGAAACAUGUGACGUCAUAUUCACAAACCAAUAAGCGCCAUGGAAACAUGUGACGUCACAUUCACAAGCCAAUAAGCGCCUUGGAAACAUGUCACGUCACCACGAAUACAAAAAUCAGUGAUUGUAUUAGUAUUUGAUAACGUCAUCUAUAAAAGAUCAAUGAGAUUCUCGUUUUAACAGAUUAGAGGACGUUAAAUACUCAAAACAAAUAUGAAAGAAUGAACUAACCCCCACGAACUGAAAUGUAUAUUUUAUGAAUGAACUUCGGCGUGUUAAUGGAUAUUCACUACACCACGUGUGUAUGUGUGUGUGUGUGUGUGUGUGUGUGUGUGUGUGUGUGUGUGUGUGUGUGUGUGUGUGUGUGUGUGUGUGUGUGUGUGUGUGUAUGUAAAUAUCCCAGCCAGUUGAUUGGUCAAACUGAACAGUCUCACUGGUAGUUAGCAAGAAUGUUUUCACGUGCCUGUGAAUUGACCAGAUUACUGACAAGAGUUCUGUUAACGGUAUAACUGUACCAAUAUUACGUUAACUGAGGGAGAGGUGAUGUUGAUAUUGGGGGAAUUAAGUGAACUACUGCUAAUUAACAUCCCAAACACCAGUCCGAGAUCAUUAACCAGAUGUAUAUAAUCAAUACUCUCAAAUGCCAUCUUGGAGAAAUCGACACUAAAAAAAAUCACAGCCUCUAAGGAAACUCGACACUGGUAAACCUUCGGUAAACUAAUGGACCUAUAGUUAUUAAUUGAGCCAUCAGUGUCCACCUCCCUGUUGAUGUAAGUCUGUAAAGUUAUGUUCUUAUAGCAUAGAAAUUACUCGUAGCAACCAACAGCUAGGAAAUAGAUAAAUAGAUGUUUGGUGAGUAAAAUUAUUUGUACAAAAUUAUAUAAUAUAAUAUAUAUAUUAUAUAUAUAUAUAUAUAUAUAUAUAUAUAUAUAUAUAUAUAUAUAUAUAUAUAUAUAUAUAUAUAUAUAUAUAUAUAUAUAUAUAGUUAGUCGGUGGCUGAGCAGGCAUAGUUAUGGACUGCUUAUCACUAAAUUGCAGGAUUGAAUAUAUAUAUAUAUAUAUAUAUAUAUAUAUAUAUAUAUAUAUAUAUAUAUAUAUAUAUAUAUAUAUAUAUAUAUAUAUGUCGUACCUAAUAACCUGAACCGCACUACUUAGCCUAGUAUGCAUGGCCCGAUUUGCCUAAGAGGCAAAAUGAUUUUAGCUCUUUUCAAAUAUUUCUUUUAAAAUUGGUUUAUUCAAAUUAAUAUUAUUAUUAUAU